AGGCUGAAGCAGCGCGGUCUGCGGCGACUUUGUCGGUAGUCAGGCGGGAGCUGCUCGCGGUGACUGUAGCUGUCAUGUCUGGCCGUGGUAAGCAAGGUGGUAAAGCUCGCGCUAAGGCCAAGUCGCGCUCGUCCCGCGCUGGCCUUCAGUUCCCGGUGGGGCGAGUGCACCGCUUGCUGCGCAAAGGCAACUACGCCGAGCGGGUUGGGGCCGGCGCGCCCGUCUAUAUGGCGGCGGUCCUGGAGUACCUGACGGCGGAAAUCUUGGAGUUGGCGGGUAACGCGGCCCGGGACAACAAGAAGACGCGCAUCAUCCCCCGUCACCUGCAGCUGGCCAUCCGCAACGAUGAGGAGCUGAACAAGCUAUUGGGCAAAGUCACCAUCGCCCAGGGCGGCGUCUUACCUAACAUCCAGGCCGUCUUGCUCCCUAAGAAGACUGAGAGUCACCACAAGGCAAAGGGCAAGUGAGGCCUGCGUCUCGGAUAGGCGUAGCCGUGAAAUCAAAGGCUCUUUUCAGAGCCACCCCCCUCUUUCAAAUAAAGAGCUGUUACAACG